AUGUGGGGGGCCCAGCAGCUCCGGAUGCUGGUCAACGAGCGGCUGGCGGCCGCUGCCGACGAAAUCUUUGGGAUGGUUGAAAAGACCAUAGCAGAAUACCACGAAGAAGUUGUCCGCUCUCGGAGCGAAAUCCUCAAAAUGAGACACCAGAUCGACCAGCUGACCGUUUUGCAGCCCCGCGUUUUCUUAUUAAAAGAAGACAUCACAUCAGUCCCAGAGGUGGCACAUCAGGCUUCUGCGGAGGAGAAAAAGGAAACUCAGGACAAACAGCAGGUUAAAGAGGAGCAGGUGGAUCUCUGCAUCGUUCCAGAGCCGAGUGCUGAUUCCUCAGAGGAUCUGAAAGUUUCCUCUUAUGAAUCAGAGGCCGCAUCUCAGAAGGACUGCCACAUGUUCCCAAGCGUUGGAUCGAUCACAGUCACAUUGAACGAUGACGACUCCUGGAUUGGGAAUGAUGCCACAGGCUCCUCCUACUGUGCGCCAAGUCGCGGUGAUGCUUCAUUUUUGCACCAUGACAAAAAGGCCUGCCGUUUCUGCGGCCUGCCGUUCAGCAGGGACUGUGAUCUGAUCAGGCAUGUGGACGAAUCUCAUGCGGGAGAAAAGGCCUUUAAGUGCUCCGAGUGCGACAAGGAGUUUGCUCGAAGAGACAGUCUGGCUUUGCAUUUGAGAGUUCACACGGGUGAGAAGCCACACCAAUGCCCCUUCUGCGGGAAAUUCUUCACCCAAAGUUCAAACCUCAGAGUUCACAUGAGGAAGCACACCGGCGAGAAGCCCUAUUUUUGCCAUUCCUGUGGCAAAAUGGUGGCACACUCCUAUCACCUAAAAAUCUGCUCUAGGCAGUCUUCUAGUACGAUGGAAAUCAGAGGGGAGAAAUCAUUUCGCUGUUCGCGCUGUGGGAAAAAAUUUGGCACUGCUACAGAUCUGAAGGUGCACGUGGAGAUCCACGAUGCCAGGACAUCCCAUGAUCUGGAGCAGGCUUUUGCCUGA